AUGGUAAAUAAAUCUCCCGUUAUCUUGCUUGUCCUCUUAAGAAUUGGCUUCUCUUCAGCUUCUUCCGUAUUUUCUCCUAAGGAUACUCCGCAGUUUCUUCCUAAAAUCCAGGCUGAAUCAAGCCAAUUUAAAGAAAUUUAUAGCUCAGCUCGGGUUCAUAUAGAAAUUAAUUCCAUGCCUGGAGACAUGGAUGAUUUAUUGGAAGAUUUAGAAGACUCAGCCUAUAAAGCAUCAGAAAUUUUAAAACAAGUCUUAUUUGUAAAGCCUCAAACUCAACCUCUUAAACUUGGCGAGAAAAAUCUUUGCAAGAAUAUUCAGCUGGAAAAUUACAUGAAGCAUGAAGGAAUUGAAGCAGACUUAGCAGUAUUUUUCUCUUUAAGCAAUAAUUUCAUACAAAAUUCUACCAGCUUUAAGGUCUGUGAGGUCUCCAAUGAUAACCAGCUAAAAAGCAUUGAAAUUAAGGUUGAUCGAAAAAUAUACAAAGCACUCAAUGAAGACAAAAAAGUUAGUUUGCUAAAUAAAGUGAUCAUUAGUGCCAUUUUUAAUAGAGAAAGCGAGAAAUAUGCCAAAGAGAUAGAAGAAAGCUUAGAUAGUCUGGAAUAUCAGCCACUUCUUUCUACUUGUGCAUCGAAUUGCGCUACUUGCUCGACAAAGGACUCUUGCAUAACAUGUUCUGAUUCUGUUCAUAUGUCAAGCCCGCCAACUUGUGCCUGCCCAAAUAAUGCGGCUUUACAUAGCAGCAAUUGCGUUUGCAACUCAGGCUACUAUUUUAGCUCAAAUACUGUCUGUUCAGCAUGCUCUAUCCAAUGCGAAACAUGCUCUGUAUCUAAUACAAACUGUAAGACUUGCAUUGAUUAUCUCCAUAUGAGCGAUGCACCAGCAUGCAGUUGUCCUGCAAACUCAGCUAUAAUUCAAGGUGAGUGUGUUUGCAAUACUGGGUAUUUUUUCAAUACCCUCACUGUCUGCUCUGCAUGCAUGUCAAAUUGCAUGAACUGUAUAUAUUCAGCAACUAAUUGUGUGGCAUGUUCUGAUCCAACUCAUAUGUCAGCUGCUCCAACAUGUGCAUGCCCAGCAAAUUCCGCUCUUAUUGGAGGGCUUUGUGUUUGCAACAAGGGAUACUACUAUAGUUCAAAUACUGUAUGUUCUAUAUGCAGUCCUGUAUGUGCUGCUUUGGGGGUGGAUUUUUAUAUCUAUAUCAAUUUUUAUAAAUUUAUGUAAUUUUAUUAUAAAAUUUUAUUAUACAAGAAUAUUUACUUUAAGUUAUUUUUGCUCGGUUCUAUUAACAUUCACGCUACUUGUACUGUAGCCCAUGACGUAUGCUCUUCAUGCACUGACAGUGUUCACAGCUCAGGCACUCCUACCUGUGCCUGCCCUAAUUUUUCAACACUUACUGGAGGUGCAUGUGUGUGUAACCAAGGCUAUUAUUAUUCUUCAAAUACUGUCUGUUCUCCUUCUUGUCCUAGUAACUGUGGCACUUGCAACUCUGAGCAUAGCUGCUUAACCUGCAUUGAUAAAGUCCAUAUGUCAGCAGCCCCUGCAUGUACUUGCCCAUCUAACUCAGUCCUCACCAAUGGUAUAUGUACCUGCAAUGAUGGGUUUUUCUACAGUUCUGGGACAGCGACGGCUUGUACGGCUUGCAGUAAGAACUGUGCGACCUGUUCUAAUAUAGCUGGGAACUGUUUGACUUGCUCUGAUACCACUCAUAUGACAGCUGCCCCUGCUUGUGCAUGUCCAGCACUCUCUGUAGUCAACCCUUAUGGACACUGCGCUUGCAAUGAUGGGUACUAUUUCUCUGCUAAUGGUCAAUGUAGCCCUUGUGCUACUCAGUGCUUUACCUGUUAUGUGUCAGACUCUACAUGUUUUUCUUGCAUUGAUUCUGUCCAUAUGGGAAAUCCUCCAAUCUGCUCAUGUCCAAAGUUGUCAAAUUUGGUUGCUGGAACGUGCACUUGUAUCCCAGGCUAUUACUUCAGCUCAAAUACUGAGUGCUCUCCUUGUGCUCCACAAUGCGCUAGCUGCUCUAACCUUCAAACCUAUUGUGGAUCUUGUGCAGAUACUAUUCAUAUGACUGCAGCCCCAACUUGUGCUUGUCCUACAAAUGGAAGUUUGGCAGGCACAGUCUGUGUCUGUAACACCGGCUAUUAUUUUAGCUCUAAAACUGUUUGUUCUGCUUGUCAGUCUAACUGUGCCAGUUGUGACUUAAACCCUAAUGCAUGUGAUACCUGCAAGGACACAACUCAUAUGUCAGCUGCUCCUAAUUGUGCAUGCCCUAACAAUUCAGCUCUGAUCGGGACUACUUGUGUUUGUAAUGCUGGGUACUUUUAUAGCUCAAAUACUGUAUGCUCAGCAUGUCAGAAUAAUUGCCAAAGUUGUUCUGGUUCAUCAACAAACUGUCUCAUCUGUAUUGACUCAGUUCAUAUGUCAGCUUCAUAAUAUAAGACCCAUAUCUAUCUUAGUUUUUUUACCAACAGUUCUCGCAUUUACCUUAAUAAAAUCUAGUUUGUUUGAACAUGGAUCAGCUCGAUGUAAAUUUUUUAAAAAUUCUCAUAAAUUAAUUUUUAGAUUUUUUAAGAAAAUAAAUGUUUUUUAUAAACUUUAUUUGACUUAAAUAUAAUUUAUUCCUUUAAUUUAUCCAGUUCUGAUGAGUCAAAAAGGAAUUGCACGCAAAAGUAAGGAUCUUCGCACGUUAAAUCUCUUUUUGGCUCUCCAGAAUCAUUAAGAAAUUAAUGCAGUGCAUUAUAAAUAGGAGCAUAUAAUAGGUAAAUUUCAUUUUUGCAACAUUAAUAGCUAUUUACAUAUAGUCGGUUAGACUGCCCAUUAAAAUUAUUUUUUGCUUAUAAAUAAAAAUUUAGUACCAAUAUUUUUUUUAAUAAAGGGUAAAAUUAAGUGAUAAUGUAAAAUGGAAUAUAUCAAUGCUAAUUUAUAUUUUUGUAAAAUCAAGCAAUACAUGUGUGAGGUAUAACCCUUUAACUUAUUAUAUAUCGUGAAUUCUCAAAGCUCAUAAAUCUUAUAUGCUAGAUGAUUAAUAAUCCAAAAUCACUGAAAAAUAUUUAUCCAUGUGAAAAAUAAUCAGCCUGAUAGCUUCACUGCUAAUCCCACUAGCGUUGGCAAAACUUAAAACCACAAUUGCUAAUACUAUUGAAAAAUACGACUGGAAUAUACAACUCUUAAUUUUCUAUAUCUAUAAUAAAAAUAUAUGGAGAAUAAAGAAUUACAAGAAAUUAAGUCGAAAUUGAAGUAGAAAAAUUACCAAGCAGUUUAUCUGGAGCAACUUACUCAUAUUAUGAAGAUGAAGCAUCUGAAGAUGAAAUUUCUCUUCAAAAUUGAAUUGAGAUAAACGAAUCAAUAGAAAAGAUGAAAGGCCUACAAUGUGCCCAUAUCCAAACCUACUUGAUCAGAUUUAAAUUACAGCAUUGAAUUUACUUAGGGACAUUUUUGUCAAAGAACUUAUUAUUGAAAAAUCAAGAAGUCGACUCUUAUUACAAAAGCAAAUCCGAGCUCAUCAAGAAGAAAAAGUAUAUGGCACCAAUUAUUACUCAAAAGUAUGAAAAAAUGAUUGGGAUAUAAUUAUGAUGAGCCUAAUAAAAGUCCCAAGCAAACAGAUUAUUGAUAUAUAGUUCUCUUUACAACAAUCUGGUAAUAUCUGAAGUCAUGGCAUUGAGGAGAUUAUAAGCCAUAAGUCACAAGCUAGAUUUAUCUCCUUUCACAAGAAUUUCAAAUAAAUCAAUUAUCCACCUAGAACCAAUUAUCUUGUGAAAUAUGCAGAGCCAGCAAUCUAUUGACAAAUUUAUCUAGAUCGAUGAAUAAAUGAUAAAAUUCAAAGGAAUCACCAAGCAGUUAAAUAUAUACCAGCUAAACCAAUAAAAUGAGGCUUCAAAGUCUUGAAAAUCCUCGUAAAUCCACAUAGAUAUUACUUAUGUUUUGAUCGUUGUAUUUAAGCAUUGAACUGCAAAUGGCACAAUUAAUAAAAACAGAAAAGGACUUCUAAAAGCUCAUAUUAGCAAAACUGAAGAACGCACUUUGAGAAUCUCUGAGAAAUGAACUUACAGUAGGCAUUCAGUUGUUUCUGGGAAAUUCUGAAUCUUGAAGCAAAUGAAAGAGAAGGAUUGAAUACUGCUGUUGCAAUUGCAAGAAGCCACUUCGUCUAUAAAAAAUAUUUGUGGCCAAAAAGGAUUUAAGAUCAAAAAUGUCUUUAUUUGCCAAUAAUAUUAUAUUAUAUGCUUUCUAAUGAAAUCUCAAGAAGAUUAGAAGGGAGGGAUUCACUAGGAAUCUAGGAUUUGUGCUUGGCUAAUAAAUACCCAUAUGUCAGCUGCCCCUUUAUGUGCUUGUCCUGCUAACUCAAGUCUGAAUGGAAAUGCUUGCCAAUGCAACCCUGGAUACAAUUACAAUAGCUCUAAAACCUGCUCAGCAGCUUGCAGCAGCAAUUGCGCUACAUGUGGUACAAACCCUAAUUCCUGCAAUACUUGCACCGAUCCAGUUCAUAUGUCAGCAGCUCCUACCUGCCAAUGUCCUGCUUAUUCGACUUUGACUGCUGGCAUUUGUGUCUGCAACCCUGGCUACUAUUACAGCUCAGCUUCUUGCUCUCAAUGCUCAUGGCAAUGCGCUACAUGUGGUACAGAUCCGAAUACCUGCAAUACUUGUAUCGACACAAUUCAUAUGUCAGCACCUCCUGCCUGCCAAUGUCCUGCUUAUUCUACUUUGACUGCUAGUACUUGUGUUUGCAACCCUGGCUACUAUUACAGCUCAGCUUAUACUUGCUCUCAAUGCUAUGGCAAUGCGCUACCUGUAAUACAAGUCCGAAUACUUGCAACACUUGUAUGGACACAAUUCAUAUGUCAGCACCUCCUGCCUGUCAAUGUCCUACUUAUUCGAGUUUGACUGCUGGCUCUUGUGUCUGCAACCCUGGCUACUAUUACAGCUCAGCUACUACUUGCUCACCUAUUUCUUACUUACUUGUUUAGGUAUUUAAAGCGUCUUCCUCUUCAGCAGGAUGAUUUAGGCAUGCGCAAGCCCAUCUUUUUUAACUCCCAACUGGUGAUGUCAGCAGCCAUCUUGUCUAGCAAGCAUUCCAGAAAACGCACCCUCCUGUCCAGAAGGUCCACAUUGGUCGCGCUGCCUCGUCCGAACUUGACUUCUGAGUGUGUUCUGCCUAAGGGUUACCCUCCUCAGAUGUGUCAAGUAGAAAAACCAUAUGUCUCCUAACACCCUGGACCAAAGAAAUACCUAUAUGGUAUUCCAUAUUGGUGUUGCGGAUAAAGGUCCACGGGGAAAACUGAACCCCAUAAUAUAAAAAGCGAAGGAGGAAUAGUUCUCGGGGAGAACUAAUUCCGUAUGUACCAUUUAAUAUUAUGCUCACCUAUUUCGCAGUGUCCUCCUCAAUGUGCCCAAUGUUCCUCAAAUAGCUUUUGCACUGCAUGCAAUGACCCUGCGAAUAAUAUUUUUUAGCCUAUUUGGUGUUGAUUAUUUUUUUCCAUACAGAGUUAAAACAAUCCGAGUUUUUAUAAUGCAUAAAAUGAUAACUGUUUAAAAAAAAUAUAAAUUCUGAUGGUUAAGAUCAUUUUUUUUAGUUUUGAAUCACGAAUUAAAUUUUAAAACUAAAGUCCAUGUAUAUAAUGGCUUGCCAAUUUAAGGAUUAUUAUAGGACUACUCUAAAAGGAAUGAGAAGGCAUAUGUAUUUGAAUACUGUCACAGGCACAUGCAGAUGCUGGGAUCAAUAUGCUUCUUUUAAUCAGACAUCUGGAACUUGCCAAUGCAUCCAAGGGUAUUAUAUGUCAAGUUUAG